GGUAUCCGGCGGCAUGUGGACCUCCUGAAGUUCGGGGACCACGUGCUGGGGGUUUGCCUCGGUGCCGAUGCGACGCUCACUCUCAGGCGGAUUGCAGAGUGGGCACUUCCCGUUCGAGCAGGUAGAGAGUGCGCCCUUACGGACAACGACUUCGAUGGGCGGGUCGUGGAUGUUCCUGUUCGUGCCGGGGAUGUUUACUGCCUGUCCGGAGCCGCGAGGCAUCAGUGGACCCACGAGAUCUCGCCCGAGUCCAUUUGCAAUGGCCAGCGUCGAGUGA